AUGGAUUUGAAAUUUAUCACAGAUUCUCUCGCUUAUCGUGCCAUGUUGGCUAACCCGGAGGUGCAUCUGGAGGGUUACAAUAAUCUCAGGUCUAAUGAAAUAAAAGGACUCAUUAGAUUUACCCGAGAAACAUUGACUGGGAUUAUGAAAAAAUCAUCGACAGAUAGCGAAUCGGAAUUAAUAGCCAAGUUGGAAAGAACACUUCUUCAAGAUUUGGACGAUGCCAUGAAGGAGGAGGAGAACGCGAAUGGUGGUGCAGUCGGCGAACCCAACACGCAAUAA